GGAAGACCCAAGGACUUGUGCAAAAAGUUCAGGAUUUUCAUUCAGAAAUUCAUGAUUUUAUUAAAAAUCACAAAGUUACUAAGCCUCUUCCAAGAGCACAGAGAAAUAAUGUCAUUCCACAAUUAGAUCAAGAAAAUACAAAUAUAGUUGACUAUUCAGAUGAGGAGAGAGAUAAUCUUGCAGUAAAUUUAGUCCAGACAUUUAAAGAACUCAGAAAUUUGGAUCAAGAGGAUGUGUCUUCUUUGCUUCAUGACACAGUAAAUUUUGUGACCUCAUUAAAAGAAAAUAAUAUUUGUACAAGCAUGGCUUUGACAGACAAAUCCUCAAUUGAUGAAGUUUAUCAAUGGCUAAUUCAAGCAGGUGUAAGCAGAGAAACAAGUCAGAUAUUGAAAGGUUAGCAUUUUGCAUGUGCAUGCAGACUGGAUACACAUAACAGGGGAAAAUGAGUGCCACAUACAUGUACAACUGCAGCAUGUGUCCAUAUUUUGGAAAAACAAAAGAAGAAAUUCUGCAACACCUAGUCCGACGUCAUAAGAAUGAGCCAAAAUUUAAAGUUCACUGUAGUAAACCAGGAUGUGGUUCUUCAUUUAACAAAAUUAGAAGUUUCUCUCAACACUUAUACAGAAAACAUUCUUCUGAUGUACUCAGUGAAAUUGAAAGUGAUGAAGAAGCAACAACUGAAGAGAUGUCUUUUACAUGUGAAGAUAUAAGUAAUGAAGAAUUAACCCCUGAACAAGACAGAAAAAGAUCAGAAGCUCAAUUUCUUUUGAAAAUGAUUGCAGAUCAUAAUUUAUCUCAAAGAGCUAUUGAAGAUAUAAUAACUUCGACAAAACUUAUGUUGAAUGAGCAAAGCAAUAUGAUAAAAUUAGAGUUGUCAAAGAAUAUUCCUGAAAAUAUUUUCCUUCAAUUGGAUUUUAAUCAAAUAUUCAGAGAUGCAUCCUUUUGUGGUUUGGAGACCCAACACUUAAGAGAAAGGUAUUUUCGAGAUAAAUUAGGAUAUAUUAAGCCUGUACCAGUCAAACUUGGUAGUGAAUUUAUCCAAAAAAGGUUGAAACAAAAAUACCGUUUUGUAGAAAAAGAGCAUUAUGGCUAUUAUAUUCCAUUGUUUCAACAACUUGCUGAAUUACUAAAAAUGCCAGAGAUCAAAGACGAACUAAAUAAAGAAACAGAAAACACUUUUGAAAUAAAUGACUUUUAUGAUGGAUCAUAUUAUCAAAAACAAUAUUUCCAAGAUCACAGAAAUGCUUUGCUCUUUUGCAUAUAUUAUGAUGAUUUUGAGAUAGUGAACCCCAUAGGCUCUCAUAAGAAAAAACAUAAACUUUCAAUAUUUUAUUGGACCUUAUUAAAUAUCACACCUGAAUUUCGCUAUAAAUCAGCAGCUACUCAGUUGUUAGCAAUAGCUAAAGCCACUCACCUGAAAAAAUAUGGAAUGAAGGCCUUGUUUGAAGACUUUAUUCAUUCAAUGCAGGAACUCCACAGAGGAAAAGUCCUUACUAUUAAUGGUGAAAUUCAAACUGUAUAUGGAACAUUAUACUGUGUUAUUGGAGAUACACCUGCUGCCCAGUACUUGGGAGGAUUUAAAGAAGGUGUAGGAAAUGCAGAAAAGCCUUGCAGAGUGUGUGAAGUAUCACUUGAAAAUAUAGACUACAGUUUUUCAGACAGGGUCUCAAAAUUACGAAAUGAAGAAGAACAUAGAGACCGUUGUGGAAUACUUGAAGAAUUAAAAGGAAAAACUCUGCAGUACUGGUCAAAGAAGUAUGGAGUAAGCAGACGAAGUGAGUUGCUAGAUAUUCCAGAAUUUGAGGUUACAAAGUGCAUUUUACAAGACCCAAUGCAUGUGCUUCUAGAAGGCAUUGUAAAACUUGAAUUGCAACUUUUACUUACUUCAUUUAUAGAGAAGAAGAAAUAUUUUACCUUAGGAGAUUUAAAUAGGAAGAUAAAAAACUUUUCUUAUACUGUGGAAGAGGGAGCUGAUAAACCGCAAGUACUUGAAAAGAAAGCACUUGAUAUAAAAAAAAAUUUUCCUAUGUCUGCUGUGGAAACCAAAAACUUUAUGACUCUUCUUCCAUUUAUGAUAGGAAAUGAAAUUGAAGAAGAUGAUGAAAAUUGGAAAAAUUUUAUUCGACUUUUGAAGAUAACUUUAUUAGUGAUAUCUCCAGUUGCAUCAAGUAACACUAUCAUGUCUCUUAGGCAACUGAUAUAUUCUCACAACUAUAGCUUCAGAAAACUCUACCCUGAAGUCCUGUUUACACCAAAACUUCAUUAUUUGAUACAUUUUCCAGAUCAGAUAUUGAAAUUUGGUCCAGCCAGAAACCACUGGUGUAUGAGAAUGGAAGCAAAGCAUGGUUUAUUCAAGAAUAAAAAGUGGAAAAACUUCAAAGAAUUACCAUUAUCAGUUGCCCUUCAUCAUCAGCGAUGGAUGUGUUUGCAACAGUGUGGAUCAAAUGGAAAGACAGAGGUGUACUUGUACACUGGGGAUUCAGUUUCAUAUGGAGUCGAAUGGCAUGUACAGCAGCUUUCAGACACAGUCAGAAACACUCUUCUUAUUCAUAAUCCAGAAUUCGAAGCUCAGCAAGUGUUACAAUCAAACCAAAUUGAAAUAAAAGGAAUUACAUAUCGACCUGGAAGUGUGCUUAUUGAAGAUUAUGCAGAAGGAGACAUAGCAUUUUUAAUUAUUAAACAUAUGUUUAUUUUUAACAACAAAAAAUACUUGGAGUGUUCUAGACUUGAAAUUUUGUUUUAUGACAGAAGUGUAAAUGCUUUUGCAUGCAAAGUAGUUAGUGAGAAUGAAACAGUCUGCAUAUGUACUCAAGACCUAAAGUACAAGUGGCCACAGAUUAUGCAUAGCAUAAACGGAACUAUAUUCAUCAUGCUUGCAAAUGUUGACUUUUGCUGGGAUUGAAUAUGUUCAACCAGGUACAUUGUUAAAUUCCAGAUAAUGAAGUUGAUGGAUUUAGUCUCUUGCAUA